AUGCCGCUGAGCCUGCGCCUGCCCUCCCUGGCAGCUCUGCUGUCCCGCUGCCUGCCCGAGCUGGGGGUCCCCCGCCUCCCCCCUUCUGCCACCCGUGGUCCCCGCGGCUUGGCAGAGAUGCCAGGGCCCAGCCCUGCUGCCUUCCUCUAUGAGCUGCUCUGCCGGGGAGGCCUGCGGAGGCUGCACGAGAUGCAGGUGGAGGGUCGUGCCCGCUACGGGCCGGUGUGGAAGGCGAGCUUCGGGCCCAUCCUGACCGUGCAUGUGGCAGAGGCAGGGCUGAUCGAGCAGGUGCUGCGCCAGGAGGGCGAAUUCCCGGUCCGCUCCCAGCUCUCCUCCUGGAAGGAUUACCGGGAAUGCCGCGGGCGAGCCUGCGGGCUGCUCACCGCGGAGGGCGAGGAGUGGCAGAGGCUGCGGCGCCUGCUGGGGUCGCUGCUGCUGCGGCCGGGGGCGGCCGAGGGCUUCGCGGCGCCGGUGGCCGCCGUGGUCCGGGACCUGCUGCGGCGCCUGCGGCGGCAGCGCGACCGCCACCCCCGGCAGCUGGUCCCCGACGUCGCCACCGAGUUCUACAAGUUCGGCCUGGAGGGCAUCUCCUCGGUGCUCUUUGCCUCCCGCCUGGGCUGCCUGGAGCCGGAGGUGCCGCGGGACACAGAAGCCUUCAUCUGCUCCAUCCACACCAUGUUCCUCCUCACCCUGCUCACCAUGGCCAUGCCCAAGGCCCUGCACCGCCUCUGCCCCAGGCCCUGGCAGAGCUUCUGCGAGGCCUGGGACUUCCUCUUCACCUUCGCCCAGGGCCACAUUGACCGGCGUGUGGCCGCGGUGGCCGAGCAGGGCACAGCCCUGGGGCAGGGCUGCCUCACUGACCACCUGGCCCAGCAGCAGGUCCCCAUGGAGCUCAUCUACGGCAACGUCACCGAGCUGCUGCUGGCUGGGGUGGACACGAUCUCCAGCACCCUGUCCUGGAGCCUGUACGAACUGGCACAGCACCCAGGGGUGCAGGAGGCUCUGCACCAGGAGCUGGUGGCAGCACUGGGCACCAGCUGUGACCCCUCAGGCACUGCGCUGGGCAAGGUGCCCCUGCUGAGGGCUGUGGUGAAGGAGACCCUGAGGCUGUACCCUGUCAUCCCUGCCAACGCCAGAGUCAUCCCCGACCGCGACAUCCGUGUGGGCGACUACCUGGUGCCACGCCAGACCCUCAUCACCCUCUGCCACUACGCCGCCUCCCGGGACAGCUGCCACUUCCCGGAGCCCGAUGCCUUCCGGCCGGAGCGCUGGCUGCGCCCCGCGGGCCCCCACCACCCCUUCGCCUCGCUGCCCUUCGGCGUGGGCAAGCGCAGCUGCAUCGGUCGCCGCCUGGCAGAGCUGGAGGUGCACCAGGCACUGGCACAGAUCCUGCUGCGCUUCGAGGUGCGGCCAGAGCCCGGCGGUGCCCGCGUGCGCCCCAUGACCCGCACGCUGCUGGUGCCCGAGGCCUGCAUCAGCCUCCAGUUCCUCGACCGCUGA